UCCAAGGAUGUCACAUGCAAUAUGCUGCAUUCCUGCUUUCUGAAGCCCGAGAACCUCAAGUUAUCGCCUUUCAUUGAGGAUGCUGGCGGGGAGCGCCUCCGAGGGGACGCAGACACUGAAGGAAGCGACGCAGGGUUGACGCUGCGCCUCCCAACAUCCCCGAGCUGAAUCCCAGUGAGACCGUGGUACUUUCCCUGCGUGGAUGAGUUGUAAGGUUGUGAGUGUGUGUGAGAGCAAGUGAGCGUCAGCGCUCCCACAUGGCCUCCAUGCAGGACGGGCUAAACUUCACGGCUCCUCCCUACGGCAAGGUCCUGCUGCUGGGUGCUAUCGCUGCUGCCUCAGCCUUUGUUGUCACGAUCCUCAUCGUGGUGCUGUGCGUGGGCUGCCAGAGGAAGGGGAAGACACACAAUGUUCCCAGUGAGGGUGGAAAACACCGUCUCAUGGACAUGGGUAUACUCAGGCAGUCAAAGCUGCGUUCCAUCAGUAAAUCAGACACUGAGAUGAACAAGAUGAACUGCAAUGGGAAAAGCAGGCAGCUUCCCCAGAUUCCCUCUGGAGACGACGGAGAGCACACUUACUCAGAAGUGGGCCGAGGCUCCUCCACCACACGUACUGACGAUGCCCUGUACGCCAUGGUAGGCAGGGCCGGGCAGACGGACACCCCGGCCCCACCGGCUGUUCCCGCCAACACGCCGGCGCCCCCUGACCCAGACGGUGACGUGGAAGGAGGGAUGCCCGAGUCCGAGUCCGAGGUCAUGUCUCCCCCUCACCCUCCGGAGGCAGUGGAGUACGCGUGCGUCAGGAAGUUGAGGAAGGCCGAAAAGGCUCCCCAAAAGAGGGACAGCGGGACGGAUAUGGGCGAGACGCCGGCGCCGCCGACACGACACGCCCCGCCGUCACAUCCCGCCCCUCCUCCGCCACACCCGCACAGCACAAAGUUGCCCCGUAGGAACGUGGACGCCUUCAAUGUCCCGGCAUUCCCAAAGCGCUUUCAGCUGCAUCUCAUCUCCAUGACAACUGGGCAAACUCCAUACGCUGAUGAAGACCAUGAGAUGCAGUUGAAAGUGGAAAAGCUAGAAGUGAUGUUUAUGGGCAACGGAGAGCAGUACAUCUGGAAGCCUCCGGAGGACGAGGAGAUGCUCAUGCACCAGAAUAAAGCCCUGGGACCUCUGGGUGCUCACACAGUGGAGCAUAUACAACCGUCUGCUGCUGUGGUGGCUGAGAUGUACUCGAAGGUGUGUAAACCGGGAAAGAAGAAACGGGCUGUUCCCGGGUCUCCCCCAGCCAAUCCUGGAUUCCGGACCUUGGGUCGCGGUGACCGUGACCGAGACCGGGAUGGGGGGUUUAGUGUCGUGGUCAAACCCCAGACGUGGGCCCUUCAGGAGGGCAAAGCCGCUGGAGGGCCCCUCGACGACCACUGCUACGAGUCCAUCGGGACAGAGGAGUGCGAUCUGGCCUAUGAGAACAUGGAAGGCGCCUGGAAGAGAGAGAGGCCCCCCAACACGUGUGCCACCCUGCGGCCCAGGAGGAAGAAGGCCCAGCAGCCCUUGCAGCAGCAGCAGCCCCCGCCCCCGCCGCCCACGCAGCAGACCCCCAAGUUGCAGCACCUGCCCGCCAAAGCCAUGCUGCUGCCGGGGGAGAACCUGUACGAGAGCAUCGGCGACCUGAAGCAGGGCUCCGCCAACUCCAGCACCACCACCAUCUUCACUUUCAACGACGGCAUGGAGAUGUACGUGACGGGGCUCUGAGGCGGCGGCUGCACCGCGACCCCCUCACCUUCCAACACAAGGAGCCCCCGUCAUGCUCACCCACACAUACUGUUUACAUUCAAGUCAUAACGCCAUGCCUCUCUCCGGCCCACCGGGCCUCGGGGCGAUAACGUCUAUCUGUUGUGACCUGGGCUGAGCACAAAGUCCGAUGUACAAACCGUAAAAGGAAUCCAAAGGUAGUGAAUAUAAAAUGAGCACAAGACCAUUGCAGAGCAAUCUGUAGGUAAUAGUAGCACUUCUAUUUUACUGAUACUUAUGUGCAAAGCACAAUAAAGUAAAAAGCCUGAAUUCUUCCUCAAUUCUAGCGGGUAAUAAAAGUCCAAGCAGGACUCCUAAAGGGGUUGAAGGCACUGCAAGUAUUUUGGUAGCACAGGCCUUCCCUGUAGUUGGUCAAGAUGUGAUUCAGGACAGAAUUUAAAUGAUAUAAAGGAAUGAAUUACUAAUCAAAAUACUUGAAAGCUCAGGGACCAAGAGAGUAUUAUAAAAAUUAAUUGCACACAUUUUGCAUUCCUCUUAAAAGCUUCGACUAAUUUACACCAUCAUCACGUUUAAAAAGCGACCAGAUAUUUCACUCCGCCACGUUUUGUUUCAUCCUACACGGACUGAACACUGUCUCCACUGCCGUCUGUAAAUGAAGUGUUUUACUUUUCCUGUUUCUGCACUUUGCCUGCUACAAGUUGCAUGCUAAAAAAAAAAGCAAAGAAGAAAAAAAAAAAUCUAAACUAAAAAUCAAGCACUGUCAUGUGGUACCUCUCUAUAUGAAUGUUUUUUUUAAUGUUGUCGUUGGUUGUUUAUUUACUUUUUUAAGUGUUGCUUUAUUUAUCUGUAGAGCACAAAGCCAGUUGGAUGGAGGAUGUAUUUGGUUCAGCGGGACUCUGUGCAGCAGAGAGGAGA